AUGACGACGACGACGAGCAUCACGCGAGCCGUGCCGCUCGCGCAGCGUCCGUUCGACGUAUUCUUCGUGCUCUUCUUCGCCGUCCACGUGCUCACCGCCGUUCUCAUCGACGCGCAGAUGCUGCUGCCACGUGCCCUCUUCCCAGAGGCGUUGCGUCGCGCCGUGACGUGGCACGUCGAGACCUCUGGGGACUUCCUUGUCGGCUCGCCCCAGCCGUGGUUCCUCUCGCUCGUCAUCUCUCAGUUCCUGCUGCAUGUCCCCUUCUUCCUCGUAGCAAUCUACGCCUUCUGCACUGGUGGAGAGUGGAUCCGCGUGCCGGCUAUUGCCUACUCUGGCCAUGCCAUCACCAACAUGGGCAGGGUAUCGCCGCUCUCCCACGAGCAGAUCCCAAUGUCCUCUGAGAUUGCACUGAGCCCAUCCCUCUGGCCCAUCCCCAUUUCCUCUGGCCCAUCCCCAUUUUCUCUGGCCCAUCCCCAUUUUCUCUGGCCCAUCCCCAUUUUCUCUGGCCCAUCCCCAUUUCCUCUGGCCCACCCCACCCGUGAGUCACUGCUCACCAUCUAUGAGUCCAUUCCCCGGUUCUACCCGCCACCUGCCUUUCCUCACCAUGCCCUGCCUGCUGCUCCUCCAUUGUCUCCCUGUUCUCAUCUCCCUCUUCUCAUCCCUGCAGAUUCCCAUUCUCUCAGAGAUGGCUCUCAGCCCAUCCCCCUGGUCCACGCGUCAGAAGCUGCUAGCCGUCUACCUGCCCUUCCUCGCAGUGCCCUGCCUGCUGCUCGUCAGAGUCACGCUGCCUCCGUCUCUCUUCCAUAA